GGCGCGCACAUGACCGACGCGUUAGGCUGUUUUUAGAAUAAACUAUUACUUGAAGGUAUUUUGCCAAGGGCAUUAAAUUUAUAUCGGUUUGGAUGGACGUAUGCCAGGCUGGAGGAUAACUACGGCAGUUAAAGUUCCGCGAAUGCACCUGUAUUGAUACGCGGUUACUUUCAGCUCUGCAUUCCGCUACCAGUCAUUCCACCUGGCGGUUGGAUGAAAACAUCAUCUGUGUUCUAAAAUUUGGAAAGAUGAUGUAUGAGAAAGAUGAUGGCGUGGGAUGUGCCUCCGGCUUAAUAGCCAUGCUUAAGAGGUUUUUUCUCCGCUAUGCCAAGGCUAACGACAGUGGUAAUUUAAGGACAAAGAAUCCCCCUGCCAAGCUAAGGAAGGAGGACUUUGAAUUCGUUCGCACACUUGGUACUGGUGGUUUUGGCCGUGUUAUUUUGGCAAUUCCUAAAGGUAUUGACGGAAUCACCGAGCCUUGUGCUAUUAAGCGCCUUAAGAAGCAUUCUCUGAUUGUUCAGAAGCAGGUUGACCACGUGGUAUCUGAAAAGAAGCUUCUUUCCAGCGUUAACCAUCCUUUCAUUGUGAACAUGCUUGGUACUUUUAAGGAUCCUCAUUAUCUUUACAUCGUUAUGGAAUGUGUUUUUGGAGGUGAUUUCUUUGGUUAUUUGCGUAGUGUUGACAAGUUGGAGAGUGAAUCUGCUAUGUUUUAUGCUGCUCAGAUUACUUGCAUUUUUGACUAUAUGCAUUCACACAACAUCAUUUACCGUGAUUUGAAGCCCGAAAAUCUGCUUGUUGGUAGUGAUGGAUACUUGAAGUUGACUGAUUUCGGUUUUGCUAAGGUUGUGGAGCUCCGUACAUACACGCUUUGUGGAACGCCUGAGUACCUGGCCCCUGAAAUUCUGCUAAAUAAAGGACACGGCAAAGCUGUGGACUGGUGGACACUGGGCAUUUUAAUAUAUGAAAUGCUUGUUGGUUACCCACCAUUCUAUAACGAGGACCCUAUGGGCAUAUACAAGAAGAUUUUGGAUUGUCGUUUGGUAUUUCCCCGUAACUAUGACCCUGACGCAAAAGCGCUUACCAAGCAACUUCUCACUUUUGAUCCUUCUAAGCGCAUUGGUAACUUGCACAAAGGGGCUAAGGAUAUCAUUGCUAGUCAAUGGUUUGCGAAGAUGGACUUCGACAAACUGUUGCAAAAGAAGUUAACUCCACCUUAUGUUCCUGAGUUGAAAGGUAAAAAUGACACCACGAAAUUUGGUACAUAUCCCGACUCAGUUGAGGUACCGCGUGCGGUUGAAGGCAAAGCAGAUCCUUUUGACAACUGGUGAUAUGGUUUUCGGUUUAAAACACGUAAAAUAUUUCGUGAUAAUGUUUAAUGUUUCUUAUACAUUGCUUAUAUGUAUGGUUAAUAUUGGUGUGUGCGAUGUGUAACAAAGG